AUGGCUGACAACGAGAUCCGAUCGCCGGGGAUCGAGCUGGCAACUGAGUCGGCUGUGAGGCCACGCAGCGAUGGAGUUUCCUCGACACCUGUGAUCUGCAGGCCUGUUAGACAGACCAUCUGGCUGCCUAGACCAGCACCAAAGAGGGCAGGGCGGGAUGGCUUGUAUUCGACACUGGAGGGUCGGGCCUGCCUUUUCUUCUCUCGCUUGGCCCGGCUUGAAGGGGUCGUCUGUCGUGGACGGGGAGUCACUUCCAUGGGGGAAGACUGGGAGCUCUCGCUUGGUCUGGAGCUGCUGGCGAUAGAGUUUCGCAGUCUUUCAGGAGCUCCCAAGGCCCUGGCCACCGACGGCUCGUGCUGGGCCAAUCGUGACGAAUAG